AUGGAACUUCUGAGCUAUUUAGUGUUUGGGUUUCAGCCGCUCUGCGGUUUUCUUCACAACCAAUACUCCCCUUACUCACGGCGAUCAAGAACCCUCUUUUUGCUUCUAAUGGAUGCGAAUUUGGCUGAAGUAUUGCAAAGUAUAUCUUUGGGAGAGGAUAAGUCGAUCAUCAUUUCUGAUGAUGACGACUUUUGUGCUAUGGAAAGAGGAGGACGAAGCAUCCUCGGUAGGCUUUUGAACCCGGAGUGUCAGAAUAUGGGUAGGAUGCUCAAAAGGAUGCCAAACAUCUGGAAAGUUUAUGAACGUGUGAGGGGCAUCGCUUUGACUAAGGAAAGUUUUCAAUUCAUAUUUGAUCUGGAAACUGAUAUCCAGAUGGUUCUCAAGCAAGGUUUCUGGACUUUUGAUGAUUGGGGGAUGGCAAUGGAGCGAUGGGUUGAGACUCCUCCACCGAAUUAUCUACAGACUGCUGUGAUUUGGGUGAGGCUCCAUAAUCUCCCAGUGAACUAUUUUACACUGAAGACCAUUGAUGCUGUCGCUGAUGGUAUUGGACAUGUCAAGGUCAUUGAAUUUGAUCCAGAGAAGCCACUGUUACAUGAUUAUGUUCGAGUCCAAGUAGUGCUGGACCUCAAUCAGCCUAUAAGGGACAAGAAAUCUGUGACGCUACCGAAGGGUAGGGUGGAAUAUGUGGAUGUAGAGUAUGAGCGAAUCAGGAAGAAAUGUUAUCACUGUUUGCGGUUGUCUCAUGAAAAGCAAAAGUGUCCUUUACUCCAAGGCUCUCGAGAUAAAGCACCGGCAAUACCUCCGGGUUUUGAGCCUUCAUCCUCAGUGGUGGCGCCUGAAGUUUUUGAACAGAUGCAGAUAUAUAUGAACUGUGCUGACCCUGAAGAGAGAAGAAUCAGAGAAUCAGGAAUGAGAAUGACUCUUCAAGAGUUUUCUAAGGACCCUAUCAAAGAUCUUGUUUAA